UUCUAACCUGGAGACACUGUUUAUGCCUCCAAGGUGAAGAAUUAGGUUUGAUAUUCAAUUUUAUGUAUAAACCAUAUAAUCUAGCAAGAGGUGGAGAAAGGUUAAGUCUCUUGGUCUAUAUUGGGCAUGGAGAAUUUACUGGUAUUUUAGGCGCUGUCCAAGAGAUUUUAAGGCUUUGUCUGGUUUUGGUGGCAGUUGGGUCUUGGAAUCAUUCAACAGUAAAUAAAAAAAUUUAAAAGCAAUUUUUGAGGAGUGACAAGAUGAGCUGCAGACACAUUGUGGACUUGAGUAGUGAUGAUGAAGCUGGACCAGUGGAUCUAAAAGCUAUUAAGUUGGAGCCAGAUUCUGUUGGGAGCACAUUCCUGCAAAAGUACUACCAUAACCAAACAUCUGGGCAUGGGGAGUCCAAAACCCAACUUAGAAGACAAGAAUCUGAAGAAAAUAAAAGCUCAAAUGGGCAAAGCAUCAAUAGCGUAUUGGAGCAGGGGCAGUCACCAAUUGAUGACACAGGCAUCUCUUCAACAUCAUCCAUAUGUCCACCACCUCUUUGUCGGCAGUUCUGGAAAGCUGGAAACUAUGAAGAUGGGCUUGGUUCUAAGGUCAAAUUUCAAAAUGGCAAAAAUUUUUUACAUGUCCACCCUCUGUUCCUUCAUUCAAAUGCCACUUCACAUAAGUGGGCCUUUGGUGCUGUUGCAGAGCUGCUUGACAAUGCCGUGGAUGAGAUCCAAAAUGGGGCCACUUUUGUCAUUGUAGAUAAAACCACAAAUCCAAGGGAUGGAAGUCCAGCAUUGUUAUUUCAAGAUGAUGGAGGUGGAAUGGAUCCUGAAGCAAUGCGAAAUUGCAUGAGUUUUGGAUUUUCAGAUAAAAAACUAAAAUCAGCAAUUGGAAAAUAUGGCAAUGGCUUCAAGACUAGCUCUAUGAGACUUGGUGCAGAUGCUGUUGUCUUCAGCCGCCAUGUAAAUGAUAGGACCUUUACCCAAAGCAUUGGUCUCCUCUCAUAUACAUUUUUGACACAGACAGGCCUUGACAGAAUCAUAGUACCUAUGGUGGAUUAUGAGUUCAAAGCAUCAACUGGCACAUUACAGAAAUUGAAUGAUAGAGAGCAUUUUGAGUCAAAUCUUUCCUUGAUGUUGCAGUGGUCUCCUUUCCCUUCAGAAGCAGAGCUUCUGAAGCAAUUUGAUGACAUUGGACCACAUGGCACAAAAAUUAUUAUAUACAACUUAUGGUUCAGUGAUGAUGGUAAUACAGAGCUAGACUUUGAUUCAGAUCCUGAGGAUAUUCAAAUUAAUGUGGGUAUUAUAAGCAAAAAGAAGUCAAUAACUGAACAGCACAUAGCUAGCAGGUUCCAUUAUUCUCUGCGUGUAUACCUAUCCAUAUUGUACCUUCGGAUUCCCGAAAGUUUUAACAUAAUAUUGCGUGGGCGCAUUGUCGAACAUCAUAACAUUGCUAAUGAUCUCAAAUUUCCAGAAUUCAUCUUAUAUAGACCCCAUAGUGGUGGAUGCGUGGAGGGCACAGUUAUAACUACAAUUGGGUUUCUUAAGGAAGCUCCACAUGUUAACAUCCAUGGCUUCUGUGUGUACCACAAGAAUCGUCUAAUUUUGCCAUAUUGGAAGGUCAUUACCUAUUGUGGAAACAGUAGGGGAAGAGGAGUAGUAGGAGUUUUGGAAGCAAAUUUUGUGGAGCCAACUCAUAACAAACAAGACUUUGAGAGAACUUCCCUUUUCCAAAAGCUUGAAACUCGGUUGAAGGAGAUGCAAUGGGAGUACUGGGAUUUUCAUUGUGCCCUGAUUGGGUAUCAAGCCCAUAAAAAGCCUCGAGCAACGGUCGCAUCGCAGGAUACACCUCAUUCUGCACCACCUAGGAAUAUAAAACCUGUAGUUUUAAAUCAAAGUUCCAUUGCUGUUGGUAGAGCAAAAGCAUCCAAUCCUUCCCACUCAUUAGUUGGAAGAGCAGAACAAUUAAUUCCCAGCUCACAAGGCACCACAAAACUAGGAUCACGUAAGAGGAAGGCACAUGGAGAGUUACUGGAAUUUGAAAAUGUUGUAAAGCACUCUGUUGAAGCUACUAGCGUGAGUGAUGCUGGGCAGAAUUUGGCCACACAGGUUGAUAUGUCGAGAAGUCAUGAAGCCAUAAACUUGAUGCAUGAAAACAAGAAACUCCAUGCUAACUGCCUGGAAUAUGAUAAGAGGAUUGAAGAACUUAAUCACAAGGUGACACGGCUGCAAAGUGAACUUGAAGAGUUGGAACGGGAAUAUAAGCAACAAUUCACUGAACUAGAAGCAUUGGAUGCCAUAAAAGAGGAAAGAAAGGUGUAAAUAUUAGGUUAAACUUGUUUUUAUUUUUAAUUCUUUUGUACGUAAAAGUUUGUUGUAGCGACAGGUGUAUAUGCUGAUAUGUCCUGGAGUUCUUAAUCUUGAUUAAGGUGGUAGCAGAGAGAUCCUCUAGACAAAGGGAGGGUAUAGAAAUCUUCUGUACUCAUUAGGAUAUAUGGACAGGAUAUUUUGAAUAUUUGUGUACACAAAAAUAGUUGACUAUUUUCGAAUACUGGAGAAAAUUAUUAAUUUGUUUUACUUUUUGAUUUAGAAAGAAUCUAGUUAAAACAUUAUGAGUUUUGAUU